GUGAAUGACAACUGGGGAACAGAGACAGAAACUGUUCCUACUCUGCUGCGUGGGAUCUGAUUGCAGUGCACGUGCCUGGAUGCUCCAGGAGACAGACACACAAUGCUUUUCAAAUUGGCACUCUGCAGACUGUCUCAUCCCCAUCUUUUGCUUUUUACUUGCAGACAGUGGAAAAUCUUUGUGGUAUUUUGCAGUUGAACUUCUCCACAUAUUUUGCCUGUUCUUUACAUCUUUCUACAAUUGCUUGUUUAUCAGCUGAGCUGCUUUACGUAUGCAGAAACUUUGAGCCAAGAGGGGAAGGUCAAGCCUGAGAAGGAAAUGGCCUUACACAUGCUUUGGAUUUACUGGUUGCUCAAUGCCUAUCAUGGUUUGGCAUAAGUACCUUUGCCUGUGUAUUUACUCUCAGCUCUAAUCUUUGCAUGGAUUUUCUUGGCUUGACAAAUAUGAUUCAGUGGAUUAACAACUGUUAUUACUUCACCCUGUCAGCAAGCCAUAAAUCAAAGGCCCUAUAAAGUUGUAGGGAGAAGUAUUUUAAGAUCUGGCUCAGCAGCGUGCUGCAGUUGGCAGAACAGGAGCAGCCUGGCACUGGGGCUGGCAGGCUCCUCUUCCUCCAUGCAUGCAGCUUCCUGCUUACUGAAAGAUGCCAGCAAUUGGAGUAGUGCUGUCCUGUUCCUGUCUCCGUCCUGGCGUAUGGCUGCUGAAACCAGGAGCACGGAAGAUGAGCUCCCUCGGUUUACAUACAGCUGCCAGGUGUGCUGCCAAGGAUUAUUAUGAAGUACUUGUUCUGGGUGGAGGCUCUGGUGGAAUCACCAUGAGUGCUCGGAUGAAGAGGAAAGUCGGGGCAGAAAAUGUGGCUGUUGUUGAACCAAGUAAGACUCAUUACUAUCAGCCAUUGUGGACCCUGGUUGGUGCUGGUGCAAAGCAGCUGGAAACGUCUGCACGUCCAACAGAAAGUGUAAUGCCUAAAGGUGUUGAGUGGAUUAAGUCUCGAGUUAUGGCACUGGAUCCAGAUAAGAACUGCAUCAGGCUAGAGAAUGAUGUCAAGAUAUCUUACAAGUAUCUGAUAAUUGCCCUUGGGAUUAGUCUGCAUUAUGAAAAGAUCAAAGGCUUGCCUGAGGGUUUUCAUCACCCUAAAAUAGGUUCCAAUUAUUCAGUUCAUACAGUAGAGAAAACAUGGAAAGCUUUGCAAGAUUUCAAGGAAGGAAAUGCUAUCUUCACUUUCCCAAACACUCCAGUGAAAUGUGCAGGGGCUCCUCAGAAAAUCAUGUAUUUAUCAGAGGCCUACUGGAGGAAAACAGGAAAACGACCCAAAGCAAACAUACUGUUCAACACUUCACUUGGUGUCAUAUUUGGUGUUAAGAAGUAUGCUGAUGCGUUGACAGAAAUAAUAAAGGAGAGGAAUAUUACUGUUAACUAUAAGCGGAACCUUGUUGAAGUUCGAGCAGACAAGCAGGAAGCUGUGUUUGAAAACCUGGACAAACCUGGAGUGACUGAAGUUCAUCAGUAUGAAAUGCUUCAUGUCACGCCUCCAAUGGGGCCACCUGAUGUACUCAUCAACAGCCCUGUCUCGGAUGAAAUCGGCUGGGUAGAUGUAAAUAAGGAAACUCUACAACAUACAAAGUAUCCUAACGUUUUUGGUAUUGGAGACUGCACCAACCUCCCAACAUCAAAAACUGCUGCAGCUGUAGCUGCCCAGUCUGGAGUGCUUGAUAAAACUAUUUCCCUGGUAAUGAAGAACCAGUUGCCAACUAAAAAGUAUGAUGGAUAUACUUCCUGCCCACUAGUAACAGGCUAUAACAAGGUCAUUCUAGCAGAGUUUGACUACAAUGCUCAGCCUUUGGAGACCUUUCCCAUUGACCAGAGUAAGGAGAGGAUAACCAUGUACCAUAUGAAAGCUGAUAUGAUGCCCUUUCUCUAUUGGAAUGCACUACUCAAGGGCUACUGGGGAGGACCAGCUCCUAUCAGGAAACUAAUGCAUCUGGGCUUGAAGUAAAGUAACGGAUCACAGCCAAAACUCUUGAAACAUAAGGACUGGCCAUAGUGCAUGAGUACUCACACUCCCUCUUGGACAACCACUUAAUAGACUGACUUUUAAAAAGGAAGCUUUUAUCCCAAAUUUACUUUCUAUCUACUAGGGGUUAUGCCUUACUAUACACUCAAUGCUCUUCUAUGUAAACCGAAGCCUUAAACUAAUUCUGUAUGUACGCUGGAGGUUGAAGUUAAGUUUGAGCUACAGCAUCCUACUGAAACUUUCUACAGCAAUCAUUGACCAUAAACUUAUAUAAUGGAAGAGUUUUUCAGUGACUCUAUGCACUAGUAACCACCUCAUUCUCUCAUUUUUGAGGAGCCCCCUCAGUCCUACUUUCUUCAUCAAAAAGCACUGCAGACAGACUAUAGAAAUCAGUGUAGGUUAUUGAAAGGAAAAUAAUCUCACUUUUCCAGAUUUUUUUUUAAGACAUAUCACUAUACCCCAAACCUUUUUCCUCAGAUAGGACUCAGCACAGUUGCAUUAUUCAGCUUCUCUCUUACCCUGUCAAUUACAGGAACUUGUUUCUCCAACUAAUGAAAGCAAGUGUGUUCAUAAGAGCCUCAUACACGCUAAUUCCCCAUAUAAAGCUUUGUGUUUUAC